GGGAAAGCAGCGCUGAGGGAGGAGGGCGGUUGUGCUGGUUGUCGAGGAAGAGGGAUCAGACGGGAAUCUCCAAUUUAUUGCUUGCGGAGUGUUCUGUCUGGUGAAAGUCAUGUCAUCCAUAUUGCCAUUCACUCCACCAGUUGUGAAGAGACUUCUGGGGUGGAAAAAAUUGGCUAGUGGCUCUGGAGGGGCUGCUGGUGGUGAGCAGAAUGGUCAGGAGGAAAAGUGGUGUGAAAAAGCAGUGAAAAGCUUGGUCAAGAAGCUGAAGAAAACAGGACAACUGGAUGAGCUUGAGAAGGCAAUUACCACUCAGAAUUGCAAUACAAAAUGUGUGACGAUACCAAGGGAUGGAGAUGAGGCUGACUGGCCUGUACUUUCCCGAGUCGUCCUUCUUGUCCUUUUUGAAGACUGGAGUGACCCUGGCCUUUCUCCGGUCCUCAGCACUUGCUCUGAAAUUUGGGGACUGAGUACACCAAACACGAUAGAUCAGUGGGAUACAACAGGCCUUUACAGCUUCUCUGAACAAACCAGAUCCCUUGAUGGCCGUCUACAGGUAUCUCAUCGUAAAGGAUUACCACAUGUUAUUUACUGUCGUUUGUGGCGCUGGCCAGAUCUUCACAGUCACCAUGAACUUAAAGCCAUUGAAAACUGUGAAUAUGCUUUUAAUCUUAAAAAGGAUGAAGUAUGUGUAAACCCUUACCACUACCAGAGAGUGGAGACACCAGUUUUGCCUCCUGUACUAGUGCCACGGCACACUGAGAUUCUAACAGAGCUUCCACCUCUCGAUGACUAUACCCAUUCCAUUCCUGAAAACACUAACUUUCCAGCUGGAAUUGAACCACAGAGCAAUUAUAUACCAGAAACACCACCUCCGGGAUAUAUCAGUGAAGAUGGAGAAACGAGCGACCAGCAGUUGAGCCAAAGCAUGGAUACAGGAUCUCCAGCAGAGUUGUCUCCUAGUACUCUCUCCCCAGUAAAUCAUAGCUUGGAUUUACAACCAGUUACUUACUCGGAGCCUGCAUUUUGGUGUUCAAUAGCAUAUUAUGAACUGAAUCAAAGAGUGGGAGAAACCUUCCAUGCAUCACAGCCUUCCCUGACUGUAGAUGGCUUUACAGAUCCAUCAAAUUCAGAACGAUUUUGCCUAGGUCUGCUUUCCAAUGUAAACAGAAAUGCUACAGUGGAAAUGACAAGACGACACAUCGGAAGGGGAGUACGUCUCUAUUACAUUGGUGGAGAAGUUUUUGCUGAGUGCCUAAGUGAUAGUGCGAUUUUUGUUCAGAGCCCCAACUGUAAUCAAAGAUAUGGCUGGCAUCCUGCAACUGUGUGCAAAAUUCCUCCAGGAUGCAAUCUAAAAAUCUUUAAUAACCAAGAAUUUGCUGCUCUUCUGGCUCAAUCUGUGAAUCAGGGUUUUGAAGCAGUUUAUCAGCUUACUAGAAUGUGUACCAUAAGAAUGAGUUUUGUUAAAGGCUGGGGAGCUGAAUACAGACGGCAAACAGUAACAAGCACUCCUUGCUGGAUUGAACUUCAUCUGAAUGGACCUCUACAAUGGUUGGACAAAGUAUUGACUCAGAUGGGCUCCCCUUCAGUACGCUGCUCCAGCAUGUCCUAAAACUCCCUUCUCCAUUACCAGUGGGCUAAAUAUCGAGUUCAGUCAACAGACUUAAUAUAACAACUUGUCUGUCAUAGUAUUUGUGUGUGGUCCCCAUGAACUGUUUACUGUCCAAAAAAGUUUUUUAAAAGAAAAAAAAGAAAAACAGCACUUGAGGUCUCAUGAAUUAAAGCACCUUGUGGAUUCUAUUUCCUAUGCUCUGAUACUAGAUGAAAAUUUAGUGUAUAGAAAUGCCUUCUUCAGAAAGAAGGGACAUUUCUAAAGACUCUUAGUGGUAUUUUUAUUGGGUAUAUAAUUGAGUGUCCUAAUGGUUUAUCAAUAACAUGAGUAGCUAAGUAUAUGUACAGGUAAUAUAACAUGAUCUCAAAUAUCACAGUAUUAUGCUGUUCUACAUUUUAGUUCCCAUAAAUAGUUGUUCGAGUUUUUUUUAUCAGGACAAAUCUCUCAUAAAAUUUCAAGACGUCUUUUAUUCUUUUAUGAUUUUUUAAUAUAAGCAGAUUUUUGAGUUCUCCCAAACAUAAAAAGCACACUUUCCUUGUAGAAAAGCUUAACUUUUUGUUGCCACCUUAAAGAAAAACAAAAAAAUCCCUCCUUCUUAAGAUUCAUCUGUGAAAUCCAAAGACACUUUAUAUGCUUAAUGGGGCCUAAAAUGAAUUAAUAUAAAUUCUGAGUAUCCAUCAAACUGGGAAUCUACUUUUCCCUUCUCUAUCAGCAUGAGUUGAUGCAUCUGUCGCCAGCAGUUCUGCCGGUACUGAUGUAAUUUGGGACUUUUUUGAACCUUGAGUCAUUGAAAUAUGUGGGGUUUUUUUUCUCGUGGAAUGAGAAUUUACUGUAUCAUUGGAUACUGGAUUAAAUACACAAGGUUAUUGACUUACCCCUUACAUCUGUAUUUUUUUCAUUAAACAGUUGUCACUAAAAGUCAUGAGUUUUAGAUUUUGGAACCAAAUACCUUGAAAAAUCUUUUCCCAGGGUAAACUAGAUUCUUUUCCAUAUAGGUUUGAAAUAGAUGCAGCUUCUUAACAUAUUUCAGGAACAGAAUUUAAAUUUCUGAUCUGAGUGGCUUUGUAUAGCUUUCAUACUAGAUCAUAACACAUUCAUUAUGUCAUAAUGGACCUUAUUAUUAAAAGUAGUUGCUUCUGCAAAACCUCUAGGAUAGUGAUUGCUGAGGUAUGACCAGUAAAGUAGGACUUCUAGGUUCUUUGUGACAGUGCAUGUUAUUGUGAACCCUUGGACACUACAGAUGCAACAUAUUAAAAAUAUUCUGAAAUAUAUUAUACAUAUAAGUCUGAGUUGGGAAACUAUUAGAAGGAUUAUUCUGACUUGAAAAAUAUACAUCUUACUAGCAGUCUUGCGAUCUAGCUGUCUGUCAUUCUUUUGUUAUUUUAGCAGUAGCAGGAUUGCCUUUGAUUGUCUUUUUUUUUCACCAUUGUUUCAUUUAUUACACUAGUACUGUACUUUGUAAGUACAGCUAGUGAGAACUUAGCUUUGAGAACAAAAAAAAAUGGCCAGUGUUACAGCUUUUAAUCAGUUGACUGAAUUGAUGAUAUUGAUGGAUAUUUUUAUGCCAUAAUGACUAGGGCACAGAAGCAAUACCAAAAAUCAAGCCUUGAAAAAGUAGGCCAGACACCUUUAAAAAAAUCAAUUGGCAAAGCAGUUACCAGUUUGUGUUAGUUUUACCAGUAGACUUAUGUAUUGGUAGAACUUGUGAAAAUAAGAAAUAAGCUUCAUGCGUGUUGCAUUUGCCUAAUAUGUGAAUACACUAAUAAAAGUUUUAAUUCUCAA